AUGAGAUACUACGGCAACUACUAUGGAGGCCUGGGCUUCGGCUGUGGAGGCUUCGGUGGCCUGGGCUGCGGCUCUGGCUGGGGAUGUGGCAGCUUCCGCAGACUGGGCUGCGGCUGGGGCUGGGGAGGCCUCAGACAUGGCUCCUGCCGCCCACUGUGCUACGGCGGAUAUGGGUUCUCUAGCUUCUGCUGA